AGACAUUCUUCGGUGUCUUAUUAACAUCUUUGUGAAGGGCCGCUUGUUGGUCCCUCUUAAAAUAUUUGCCUUGAUGGAAUGAAUGUUAUUGGAUUUUUAGAUGACACCAAUACGACGAGUUAUGACAGACACCGAGUAUGAUUAAUGGACACGGCUGUAAUGUUUACCGUGUCAUAGAAUAUAAAUCUCCCGGAUCUUUUUUUUUGGGGGGAUGAUACUCUUCACUUCAAACGUGUUCAGAAUUAGAUACCUAUGGGACGGAUUCAUAAUCUCUUCAAUAUUUUUGGGCUAAUUCUCUAAAUCAGUUGAGGAAGAAUCUUUCAUUUCGACACAGCACAUGGUAUAUUCUUAGAUGCAUUACUCUUAAUGAAAUGGAAUGAUAUGCAUUGUUUAGCACAUGGUUAAAUCGUUUCAAAUCUUAGAAGAAUACCUAACGUCAACCCAUCAAGACUGUCAUCAAAGCUUCAGCAACAUGACUUCGGAUAUCUCCCAAUUGGCUUCGGAAGUUUCUUUCACUUCUACGAUUGAGUCAGAUAUCGGAUGUGUUGGUUACAUGUGCCUAACACAUAGUCAAAUCAUCGGAUUCUUCGUCUUCGACAUCAUAAUAGCCGUGGUUAUACUGGUUGGCAACACGCUUGUCGUCCUCAGUGUCGCUAGGACGCCCUCACUAAGAUCUCAGAACAACAUCUUCCUGGCCAGUCUGGCCGUGGUUGAUUUCCUGCUCGCCAUCGUAUGCAUCCCUCUUGACAUCAUCGUCGGACUGGGAUUCAAACCCGACGUGACAUCAUGGGCGUGCCUGUCCUUGAGCGUCGUCAUCGCUACGAUGGUGUUCCUCACCAUCUUACACAUCACUGUGGUCGCGUUUGAUCGCUUUCUUGCGAUCACGUCGCCGUUCACAUAUCAGCAAAGGAUGACAAAUGGUCGGGUAGCGUGUUUGAUCGCCGGUAUUUGGUUGAUAACCCUGGUUCUUAGCUCGACCGCCUUCGCAUGGAACAACGUCCCGGAUUUCCACGACACCGCCUGCGACCUUCUCUACAUCCAAGGCAAGGGAUAUCGUGUCAUGAUCGUCAUGCUCAUCAUGAUCGUACCUACAACGCUGAUGUCCUAUUGGUACUAUCGUAUCUACCGCGUCGCUCGUAGUCAUCGUCGUCGGAUAGCCGCACUCGAGCGCGUCCUUGAAUCAAAAGUCUUCGCUCGAGCCAAAUACGCGACAUCGCUCAAAAAGGACCUCAAAGCCGCAGUCACACUCAUGCUCGUGUUUGGCCUAUUUAUCAUUGGGUGGCUGCCGGCAUCGUUGAUCACCAUCAUUGACGUCCUCGUACCCGACGUCCGACUGGAUGAGAUAUACAUCUACGAGCUUAUCUGUUUCAAAAUCGCCUUCUCUAAUAGUGCAAUAAACCCUAUAAUUUACGCGGCACGGAACAGGGAUUUUCGUAGGGCUUUUGCCCGUCAACUUGGUCUCGUUUUCAGGUGUGCUUUUUGGGCCAAACUUACUAAAACAUGUAAAAAGAGGCGUGAUUCUGAAGCAACUGAGAACAGGGAGUCAGUGACAACGUUAUCGUCGACGAUUAGAUUGAAUUGAUUGGAAAAUGAACUAGGGGCAUUUUCAAGUCAACGUCGUGAUCUCGACUAAACUCUGCAAAGGAUUGCUUAAUAUCAAGAGAGAGUUAAAAUGUUAAUGUGUGAAUUUUCAGCAAUGUUGUUGAAAAGUAUCCAGUUAAAAUAAAUCAAUUGUCGAUUUGUGAAAUGUUUCUGAAUCCAACCAUGAUGUACUGAUUUGCUGACAUCCUGAGUUUCAAUCGGCUUUACAACAUUUACUAGUAUUAAUUUAACUUCACUUUUUAAACAUAGCAUGUUGAUUAAUGGUCUUUUCUUUAAAAGAAAAAAAUAGUUAUAUUUCCUAGCGAUUAGUUUUCAAGGGUUCCAUGGCAUUUGCUCCUGCGACAAUUGCUCUGAUGGAAAAUCUACACGUUACGCUAAACAUUCAAUCUAACUUCCAAAACUAAAUAAAUCUUUAUCUUUAUCUUUACACUAUCCUGAAUUGAAUAAAAAUAAAUCUACUAGUAUUACAAUCCAAACUUUAACCCCAUGCCCUCUGAUCAUUACCGGAGCAAACGUAAGUAAUUUUUUUUUUAAUUGGUUAGAUUAAUAUCUCACAAACAGCCGUGAAAGUUCUGUUUGACUUUGAUCUUUAAACCGUUAUCAGAUCAACCAAAAACUAAUCUGAGUUAUAAGAUGAUCGUAUUCGUUUCAUGUUGAAAGUAUUGCAUUUUAUUAUACACUUUAAAAAUCAUGAUUAGUAUUUUUAAAGAAUCUUCAAUUGAAGUUGGCAAUAAAAUCAAUAUCAUUACCUUGCCCUGAUCUGAUUUGAAAUUUUCGUUACUUAUAAUUCCCGUUACAUCUCUGUAUUGCUAUCAAUAUUGGGGUUUCUACAAGCUGAAACUAUUUCAUAUAUCGUUUACAACAGGUCAUGAUUGUGAGGGUGAUAAGAAUCAUACAAGGACAUCUUUGUUAAGUAUCUAGGGCACUUUUCCUAGAUUUAAUGAUUUUAUUGACCGGUAUACGUCUUGUAAGCGUAGCAAUUUCCUCGUUUUAUUGGGAAUAGAUUAAUAUCCGUCUCUCAGAAAAAGCAACCAACAAUAUUUUAACGGUGUUAAAUUCAAAACAAGUUUUUUUUUUUGUUAUUCAAAAAAAGGACAUGAGAAGAUAAAGGCCAUUGCACACCUUAUGACUGGUCCACGAUUCGAAUUCGAAACAAAUUGCAUUUUGCUCAUUUUCUGAAAAUGUGAAUGAAAAGUAUCUUUUUGUUUGAGGUCCAAAUGAACUGAUAGAAUACCAUUAUGACAAUUAUUGAUGAUUGCACGCCUUUAUCUUCGAUUAAAGGCUUAAUUAGUUUCAAAUCGGAGCCAAUCGUACGAUUGCUAUGACGUCAUUACGACCAGAUAUUAAAUUCGCUUUUUUCUAAUAAAGAUAAUAGCAUAGUCACAGAUUUAAACAUAGGUAUUCGUACGAUUAUUUAAAACAUCACACGGUAAGAUAUUCCAUGUUUCGAUAUUAGCAUCAAAUUACUACCUUUUAUUCCACAAUAAGGUCACGGAGCAACCAUAAGGUGUGAAAUUGUCUUACUGUUCAAUAAUUUGAUACCAUUGAACUAUUUCAGAUAAUUUUAAUUUUUUCUAAUUUGGAAAAUCUCUCCAUUUAGUAAAAAAAGAAAAGAAAAGAAGAUUAUUUAUAGAUAUCAGGAAAUCAAGUAAAUUUUUACAUAUUGAUUUUUCAUUCAGAUUUGGGUCGAUAAUUUGCCAUAUUAAGCGAAAUACAUGCAUGGAGUGCUUUUAUUUCGCUAUAUUGGAAGAAAAAAAUAUCGGAAUUAUCUUGUCAUGCAUGAAAAAAAAAAUUGGGCAUGUAACCCUUCCAUCUCAACCUCAGCGUAUUAAUUUACAGUUCCGCAUUGACUGGACUCUAUGACGUGAUAUCACAACGAUCGCCUGAUCAUACAGACAUCGUUAUUCAUAUUUACCAAGUAGAAUAAUGAUUUUUCACCCUUUGGAUUAAUAAAAUUGUCUGUUACUAUUUAGAGUCAAAAUUAAAGUUUACCGUACCCAAGCCAGAAAUUCGAUGUAUUGACUCCUAAUCGAUCGGACAACAUGAGUUUUAUUAAUUCUUUAUUCUGAAGAUCACGAAUCAAUUAUAUACUGAGGAAUUCUAUAGGAAUACAACUU